ACAGGCCGUUCCCUUUCCUCCCAUCUCUUCCGUGAAGUUGCCGGUUUUUGCUUACCUGACGCGCCAAAGGCUUCCGGCUCUGCUCUCUAUCAAAAGGCUGACGUCUCCUCUUCUUCUUCCUGCUUCGGAACUUCGCCCCUCUCCUCGCUUCUUUCAUCGAUCAACGCUAUUCGAAACACGGGAUUGGGCGAUCAGAGCUCCGCAGCGGAGGUUUCUGGAGAUGGGUUCGAGGGAUGACAAACCGGCGAGCAGUGGAUUCUUCGCUGCGAUCAGGAACUGGGGUAGUGCGAUGCAUAAAUCGGUAAAUGGGUUAUUAGGUUAUGAAGGACUUGAAGUAAUCAAUCCUGAAGGGGGCACAGAGGAUGCAGAGGCUGAAGCUCAAAGAGGAAGAUGGAAGCAGGAGGAUCGAGAUGGCUAUUGGAAGAUGAUGCACAAAUAUAUAGGAUCAGAUGUUACUUCACUGGUGACACUUCCAGUUAUUAUUUUCGAACCCAUGACAAUGCUUCAGAAAAUGGCAGAGUUAAUGGAGUACUGUCACCUAUUAGAUCUGGCAGAUGAAUGUGAGGAUCCUUUCAUGCGGUUGGUGUAUGCUUCUUCAUGGGCAGUAUCUGUCUACUUUGCCUACCAGCGAACUUGGAAGCCUUUCAAUCCCAUCCUAGGAGAGACUUAUGAAAUGGUCAAUCAUGGUGGAAUUACAUUUAUUGCAGAGCAGGUCAGUCACCAUCCUCCAAUGAGUGCAGCGCAUGCUGAGAAUGAGCAUUUUAUUUACGACAUUACUUCUAAAUUGAAAACUAAGUUCUUAGGAAAUUCGGUGGAAGUCUAUCCAGUAGGAAGGACAAGGGUAACUCUGAAAAAAGCUGGUGUUGUCCUGGAUUUGGUGCCCCCUCCCACGAAGGUUAAUAAUCUUAUAUUUGGACGUACAUGGGUCGAUUCACCUGGGGAGAUGGUUAUGACAAAUUUGACUACAGGGGAUAAAGUUGUGCUUUAUUUUCAACCAUGUGGCUGGUUUGGGGCUGGACGAUAUGAAGUGGAUGGAUACGUAUAUGAUGCAGAAGAAGAACCCAAGAUCUUAAUGACCGGGAAAUGGAGUGAGUCAAUGAGUUGUCAGCCUUGUGAUCAUGAAGGGGAGCCCUUACCAGGCACUGAACUGAAGGAGGUCUGGAGGGUUGCUGCCACACCAGUGAAUGAUAAAUAUCAGUAUACAUAUUUUGCUCAUAAAAUAAACAGCUUUGACACAGCGCCGAAAAAGUUAUUGGCAUCAGACUCUCGGCUGAGGCCCGAUAGACAUGCUCUUGAGAAAGGUGACAUGUCUAAAUCUGGUACAGAAAAGAGCAGUCUGGAGGAGCAGCAGAGAGCCGAAAAAAGACAUCGAGAGACCAAGGGGCACCAGUUUACCCCAAGAUGGUUCAACAUGACUGGUGAAAUCACUCCCACUCCUUGGGAUGACCUGGAGGUAUAUGAGUAUAAUGGUAAAUAUACCGAACACAGGCUUAAAGUUGACAGAGCCGAUACCCUUGAAGACGUUGACAAGGCCUCCAUUGAAUUCAACCCGUGGCAGUAUGGUAAUAUGGCUGCCGAAUGAGGUAUUUCGCUUACAUGCAAGCCCUCCUUUCCUAUAUCUGGCAAUGCAUCUGGGCAUGUAAUCUUAAUAUUCGGCAUUGUUUUAAUGGUGUUUUCAUGUAUCUGUAGUGUAGUCAAUUACUGUUAUGUUUAAGGAGUUGUUUGGAUCUCACCAUUGCAAAUAUUUAUGUUUUUGUUUUUCCUACCCUUUGUAGCAGCAAUUUGAGAUUUGUGUCUUCAAUCCUUUAUUUUAUGGCUACCGCAUAAAGAGACUAUCCGCACCAUGUGAACUCCUGGCGAACACUCAUGGUCUGAAUAAAACAUAGGAUGGUGGACAGGAGGUAGGGGUAUUGUGGUUUGAUGAUUGAGUUCUUAUAUUGAUAAGUUGUGUAAUACUUAAUUGUUUUUUUAAUAUACAUAUUUACAAUGUAGUUCUCAGAUUUGCUGC